AGUGCCGGCCGAGACCCAGCGUCGGCAGCUCAGCAAAAAACUCGCGCCGCGCGCGACGCCAGUGCCACUGUGCAUCGCCCCGUGCUGACACCUCCACGCGGGUCGUGGUGCCGAGUUGAGACGGGUUCGGGGCACGAGGCGGAGACACCACGGAGGACAGGGUCCCUGCCGGGAAGGACACGUACGGCCCGAACGUAAACAGCAGGAGAGAGAUCUGCGGAGCGUCAUGUCACGAACACCGAGCGUAACGCUCUGGUGCGCCGCCCUGCUGGCCGCCACCGCCACCGCCGCCUCUGCCGCCGCCGCUGCCAGCUCGGCUCAGAUCCCGGUCCCUGCCGAGGUAGUCGUUUCUUCUGACACCGCCUUCGUCAAGGGAAACAACCGCGCCGAUCGUCUGCUUACCGGUAACGCCAAGAAGGGCAUCACUGUGGUGGGCGAUGACGGUGUGCCGGUGGUGUACGGUGUCCGCGUGCAUGAGACCGAGGAGGAGCGCAACGAGCCCAUGUGGCGGAACGCGCGCGUCAUCGGCAACAAGCUCUUCCGCAACGAUGAGGCUCCGCCGCCACUGCCGGCGCCACCGCAGGCUGCCGCGCUGGAGUCGAAGCCGGCGACGGAAACGGCCUCGUCAGUGCGGCAGGGCAGAAUCCUCAGCUACAGCAGCGGCGCGCAGUUCGGCUUCAACCGGGUCAAAACCACCACACAGCCGCCGUUCAACUACCAGUCCUACUACGGCUCCAAGCAGAGGCCGACGGCUGCCACGGUGAGCAGCGGUUACCAGUACUCGGGUCACAGUAAAAGUCAGGGACUGAACGUCGUCCAGGCUCCCAGCGUGGCCGCGCCGACCCGGCGACCCUCCAGCAACCGGUACCCUGGCUUCAACAGACAGAGCGCUGGCUACACAACCACUCCCAGAGAACCUGAGGUCACCACCACCGUCCCCGUGUACCAGGCGUUCUUCGACACGAACUUCAAUGAGCCCGUGCGACGGCAGUCGAGCAAGUCCGAGCACUCGUAUUCGCCGGAGAGGAGGCUACAGUACAGCUACAGUCCCAGCACACAGUCUGAUGUCUACUACUCCACAGAUCCUCAGGCUCCUACCGCCUCAUACCCGGGCAACAGCGCCCAGACGGAAGUGUCGCAUGGAAACCAGGCACAGACCGGUUUCGGGCCCUUCCAGCGACCGACGAAUACCCGCCAGCAGCACGGCUCGCAGUCUCAGCACGGCUCACAGUUCGAGCACGGCUCACAGUUCGAGCACCGGUUCCAGUCGGUUCCGUCCAAAUCCUCGGGUGGGUUCCGGUUCCCGUCCAGCAGCUCAGGCAGCGCGACAGAGCGUCCCGCGGGUCAGAUCCUCUCGCCGGGAUCCUACAACCUUCCGCAAGCGGCUGCCGACUUCCAGGACACUGUGGAUCCCUUCUCGGGUCGACCGGUAAACCCGGACCAGUUCAAGAUCAAGCAGAUGGCGUUCCAGUCUAUCCCCGGAGGGCCGAUCGUCAACAUCCCCGUGCCAAUUCCGAACGGUCAGCAGACAAAGAAGCCGGUCCUCCGCAAGAAGCGGCCAUUCUCGUUCCUCAGCAAUCUCUUCGGCAGCACUUCACGGAAGGACCGCUUUCCAGCCUCUCCCACGCAGGCAAGCGCUCCGUCCGCGCCGGCAUCAACCGCACCGGCCUACUACAACAACGACCCGUACCUGUACGACGAGAACGGCUUCCGCAAGCCGACCCUGUACGACACCAUCACCGAUCCCAUUCGCAAGCUGGGCGAGAACGUCAUCGAGUUCACCCGGCCGGUGACCCAGCCGUUCCGCGACGCCACAGACCGUCUGAAGGAGGAGCUGGGCUUCUCCGCCCCGACCGACCAGCCGGCCGACAAACAGGCCGGCGGCGAGGAGGCGCUGCUGGUGGGCGGUCUGGUGGCCGGUGCCGGCGCGCUGGCAGGCCUCAGCGUCCUCGUCUAUGCCAACACGGUGGACAACAACACGCACUACAUCAUUGGCCGAAGGAGGCGCUCGCUGGACGAGCCCGGCGUCACCGGACUGCUGGAGAACCUGGUGGAAGCGGAGGACCACCUGCGUGCCCAGUUCCUCGAGCGGCUGCGCGAAGAGGGCUUCCAGCGGUGGAGCCAGGGACCCUGCGCCAAGAGGAUCUUCUGCGACUUCAUGACGCAGCAGGACAGCGACACAGUCACCAGCGUCGCCAGCAGGGUCACCACCUUCCUCUCAUACUUGGACGAGGGGAGCCAGACGGCUGAUGGCUCAGGCGCGAAACUGACAAAGGCCAUAGUCCAUCGAGAAUGUUCCAUGUUCAGUUGUGACGGAGAUUCUGCUGCCGGCGGCGGUGGCAGCCAAUCAGAAACACAGUACUGGGGAGCUGCGUCGGCGGACAGACGGCAUCCUUCGCUAGCGCUGACGAUGAAGUGGUCAGGUCAUCAGGCCAGCCCGCCCAGUCGCCGCGGGUCGGGGCAGGGGGCAGGGCGAGUGGACUGACCCGCGAAUCGUUCCGAGCCAGUGUCAUUCAUGGAUAUGAGUCAGAUUAUCGGCUGGUGAACCUUUCAAGAGGCUUGUAUGUUGCUGCUGAGCAGGUUUGUUGCAAUUGUGGUCGAUGGAAAGGUUCAGUUGAAGUAGGGCGUUUCACCAACGGUGUACUCAUCAAAUGGAUAACUGUAUUACAAUGCUUGUCUCAUAUUCACAUAGGUAGGCGUAUGUUCACUCAAGUAGAUCAGCUUGUUGUUCUGAAUAUUACUCAGUCAGUGCUCACAAUAUGUUAAGGCUUCCAAAUCACCCACCAAUAUGCAUUGGGUCGUUCUCACGUUUACCGCUGCUUACCGCGCUAUUUCGCUGCUCGUUGUUCCGGGGCCGCUCCACAUGUCGUGACUGGGCCGGGUCAGAGGUCGAGUCGGGUCACGACGGCUGCGGAUGACCUCUGACCUGAAACCGGACGUGGCGGUCGGAAGAGCGACGGCCCUGCCACCCUGGCGAGCGGAGCGACAAACUCUGGUCGCGUUUUGACAGGGUGUACCGUGUAACUGACUAGCGAGGGGUGGGACGAGCUCUGUGGCUUUGUCGAUUUACUUGACACACACAUUGGUAUUUGUGCAAACAUACCCCGAUAGAUUGGAGCGAUUUGGUUGAUAAUUAUGGGGUCGAACGGAUUCUUCUGUAUCAUGUCGUUUGUUGUAUGCCUACGUGAUUUUCUGUUUUUUUUUCCACUGCCGUUACACGUAUUCUGUAUUUCUGUAUUUCUGUAUUUGCGCAAAUCACCAACAGGCUUGGCCCAAUGACAGGUGAAGUCAUAUAAGUAUAUCACACACCAAACACACUAUAAUAAUAAUGAUCUAUUCCAAGUACCUACAGAUUCCAAGUAUCAUUUUCAUUUUCAUUUUAGGAUGCAGAUCAUAGCACUUUUUCUAAUGUCAAUGUAGAUAAAUACUCUCAUUAGAAAACGUCAUCAAAUCCUCCACAGCUUACCACAUUUACCACAACUUUUGAAAUGUCUUCAGUAGAUAGGUAGUUACAUAUAUUGUCGACACCAACAAUCGAAUGUAAUCAGGUUUCGAGUCUGCGUUUUUGCGCUAGUGGUGUGAUGAUACCCUCCCGGGUGCCAUUUCAUACCUCAUAGUCACAUCCACACGCCUCUGAGUGUCACUCGGAUAAUGGUAUGGCGCGUGUAUGGCGCGUUACAGUGUAUGGCGCGUUACAGGUGCUCUGUGUGAUCAGUGAGAGGGUGUGUAUGUUUAUCUGGUUUUAGCAUGCUUGCCGUAUUUAUUGUUCAAGUUUUAGUCAGGGACGCCUCAACGAUUUGACCCAGUUGUAAAUAUUGUAUGCUGUUUUACUCGUGUAAAUAAUACAUAACUUGAUGGUGAGCUGUCA